UCAGCGGAGAAGUCUUCUUCCUUACAUCUCUCACUCGUAUCUCCGUUUUUGGUUGCUCUGUUUUCUGUUGCUUUUUUGUGUUGAUGUCCUUUUAGGAACAUGGGUUUGAAUCGUGUUCGUGUUCGUGUUCUUGUCUGUUGGUUGUUGUUGCUGCUUUUCAGCUGCUUCUUUGGAUUUGGAUCGGAUGCCCAACCUCUACCUCAACAAGAAGUGAAAGCCCUUCAAGCAAUAUCUGCAGAGCUGAAGAACUUGAAUUGGAGCGUACACCAAAAUUCAUGCAUCAACGGCGAUGGCUUCCAUAAUGGAACAAACCAACAGACCAUGCGAUUGGUGCACUGCAAUUGCUCCACUGAUUUUUGCAGAGUCACCAGGAUACAGCUUAAAACUCUGAAUCUAGUUGGAGUAUUGCCGGCAGCGUUUGCAAAUCUUACUCAACUCUCGCAAUUAGAUCUCACUCGCAAUUUUAUAAAUGGAUCGAUCCCUAAGGAUUUUGCUCGCAUUCCUCUUGUUCAUUUUUCCAUGCUCGGAAACCGACUCACUGGUCCGAUUCCUCCAGAAAUUGGCGACAUUGCUUCACUUGAGGAACUGGUCUUGGAGCAGAAUCAGCUUGAAGGAAAUCUGCCCGAAAGCCUCGGAAAACUAAGUCGCUUGAGAGAGCUAUUUCUUUCUGCAAAUAAUUUCACAGGCCCCAUUCCAGAAUCUUAUGGAAACUUGAAGAACUUGACUGAUUUUCGUAUAGAUGGAAAUGAUGUAUCAGGAAAGUUGCCUGAAUUUAUUGGCAACUGGAUCAAUCUUAAGCGAUUGGAUAUUCAAGGAACUUCUUUGGAGGGCCCCAUUCCUCAUGCCAUAUCCGAGUUGAAAAGAUUAAGUGAACUGAGGAUAACUGAUUUGAAGGGAUCACCAAUUAGUUUCCCCAAUUUGACUCAAUUGACAUCUUUAGAAACAUUGAUCCUCAGAAAUUGCUUAAUUGAGGAUAAAAUCCCCGAUUAUUUUGAAAAUUUUAGUAGUUUAAAAACUUUGGAUUUAAGCUUCAACAGAUUAAAUGGUACAAUUCCAGAGCCAUUAUUACGGAAUCUAUCAAACCGUGAUGUUCAUUCCUUGUUUCUAAAUGACAACUUGCUUACUGGUCAUUUACCAAGCUGGAUUACAGGACGCAAAGGAAACAUGGAUUUAUCUAACAACAGAUUUACAGGGUCGCCUCUUCCCCCUUGUUUUGAUCCUAAAGUGAACUUGCUUUCUGGUUAUUCAAAUUCGAGUAAUGAAAGUGUUCGUUGGUGCCUGAGGGGGGAUCUCCCAUGCGCAAGAGCAGUUCAAUUUCGUUCGUUGUUCAUUAACUGUGGAGGACAGGAGACACACUUUAAUGGUAAUUUAUACGAAGGGGAUACGACUAGGGAUGAGCAGUCCAAAUUCUCUUUUUCAGAAAGAUGGGGUUACAGCAGUACUGGUAUUUUCAUGGAUAAUGAUACCGCUCAAUACACAAGUAGCAAUAAUUCUCUUUUAGGCGUCUAUGGGACAGCUCGACUUGCACCUGUUUCGCUGAAGUACUAUGGAUUUUGCUUGCAAAGUGGAAGUUACCAUGUGAAGCUUCACUUUGCUGAAACAAUGUUUACUGCAACUGCAGACCAAAAAUUCAGUAGCUUGGGGAGGCGUAUUUUUGACAUCUCAAUCCAAGGAAAAUUGAUUGAAAAAGACUUUAACAUAAUGGAGAGAGCCGGAGGUGUUUAUAAGAGCUAUAUUUUGGAAGUGCCUAAUGUUAUAGUAACUGGCAAUACUCUUGAGAUCCACUUAUACUGGGCUGGUAAAGGAACAAAUGCCAUUCCAUACAAAGGAGUUUAUGGACCUCUGAUAUCUGCAAUCACAGUUACAUCAAACCUUGAUGAGGCAAAAAGGUUAUCAGCUGGAGCUAUUGCUGGCAUUGUUGUUGGUACUUUUGUGUUGGUUGUUUCAGUAUUGGUUGUUCUUCGAAGGAAGGGUUACUUAGGUGGGAGGGAAACUGAAGACGAAGAACUUCGGGACCUCAAAUUACAGACAGGUUAUUUUAGUUUAAGACAAAUCAAAGCAGCCACCAACAACCUUGACUCGGCACAUAAGAUAGGCGAGGGAGGCUUUGGUCCUGUCUACAAGGGAGUUCUGUCGGAUGGCACUUCAAUUGCUGUAAAGCAGCUAUCCUCUAAAUCAAAGCAAGGGAACCGUGAAUUCAUCACUGAAAUCGGCAUGAUAUCAGCGCUACAACAUCCGAAUCUCGUAAAGCUCUAUGGUUGUUGUAUUGAAGGAAAACAAUUAAUGCUUAUUUAUGAGUAUCUAGAGAACAAUAAUCUUGCUCGUGCCUUAUUUAACCCCGAGAAGCACUCACUCCAUUUGGAGUGGCCAGUAAGAAUGAAGAUAUGCUUGGGAAUAGCAAAGGGGUUGGCUUACCUUCAUGAAGAAUCUUCAUUGAAAGUUGUUCACAGAGAUAUAAAAGCUACUAACGUGCUACUUGAUAAAAGCCUAAAUGCCAAGAUUUCUGACUUUGGAUUGGCUAAGCUUCAUGAAGAGGAGAACACCCAUAUCAGCACAAGAAUUGCAGGCACAAUAGGAUACAUGGCGCCCGAGUAUGCAACAAGGGGUUAUCUGACUCAUAAAGCUGACGUUUAUAGCUUUGGUGUCGUGGCCUUAGAGAUUGUUAGCGGGAAAAGUAACACGAGUUGCAUGCCACAAGAGGAGUUUGUUUUUCUUCUUGACUGGGCUAUUGUUCUACAAGAAGAAGGAAACCUACUCAAACUUGUUGAUCCGAAUCUUGGCUCAGAAUACUCGAAAGAAGAGGUCAUGAGAAUGCUUCAUAUCGCUCUCUUAUGCACGAACCUAUCUCCGACCCUCAGACCAUCCAUGUCUUCUGUGGUUAGCAUGCUUGAAGGUAAAAUCCCAACUGAAGUACCGAACAUGAAGCGCAAUGUAGGUGAUCGAGAUGCAAGGUUCAAAGCCUUUGAGAAGCUGUCACAGGACAGCCUAACAAGCAUUUCAACAUCUUCACAAGGCAUUCAAAUGCAGAGAAGCAUGUUAAUUGAUGGACCAUGGAUCGACUCGUCGUCUACUUCUACCCAAAACAAGGACGAGACUCGAGACUGUUCUUCGACCAGAAGUCUCCUUCGAGACUGAAUCAAAGGGAAAUAUCAAAUUCAUAGUGAGAUGGAUACAUUUGUGACAAUUAUUAUUUUACAUGCUUCUUGUUCUGCCAAAUAAACUGAAUAACUGGCUAGAUGUGAUCGAUUUAAAUCGGUCGGGUUAGACUAGUUGAAUUAAAGUUGUGUCAAGAGUUGACCAAGUUCAA